GUCGAGACCUAACUGCUGACGGCAGCUACAGGCAAGAAAAUUGGGAAGUGGGACAAUGCAAACGCUUCUUCAGGACUGCCGAGAGUUGUAGUGCUCGAGCCGAACAAUAAAGGUUGUUCGCAACCCAAAAAAAAAGAAAAAAACUUCCUAAGAAGUAAGAAGUAAGAGCUCUGGGAAGGGAGAAGCUGACGAAGAUGAAAGCGAACCAUCAGAAUGGGCGUUCAAUAUCGGGCAGACCCGAUAGACCAACUUUAAUCUCAACAUUCCACAUCAAAUGCGUCAAAGGGAGCAUGAUCCUGACAGCUAACCGACCCUUAUAGAAGCAACUGAACUGUACAUAAUAUAUGGAACGACUGCCUCACCCCACCCCUGUCGCACAGCCACCCCUCUAUCUCCUCCCUACCUCUCAUUUAUGGACGCUCACUGCUGGACGUGUCAAAUGCGCUCUGAUUCAUGUGACGAGGUCAAACCAAAGUGUGACGGUUAUGUCACACAACUCUUCAUGAAGCUCCGUUGAAGAUGUUAAACAACCUCGUAUGUUUACGUAAUUGUCGUCAAGGAAACAUCAAGUAAAAAUAUUAAAGUUUGGCCGAAAAGGAGGAAAGAAUGGUGUGAGGUUUGUGAAAUAUAGUGUUUUUGCUCCUACUGCUUUCAUGCCGAGCGGCGAGGAAAUAUCUCUCUCGUGUUCUGUUUGACAUGACACACAUCAGCUGUUUGUCAAAACACAUCUCAAACGUUUCCCGCUGCUCUGGUGUUGAAACCCGAGAAAAGUCAUCAGCGCAGCGCGGCGGGUCUCGGUCGCGUCCGGCCGUCCGGUGCCGCGGCCGAUGGUGGUGACCUGGUGGGGCCCAUUGUGCACCAGCUGUCCCCAGUCCCCGAAUGGUGCCGUCGCACUGUCACCAGUGAUGCGCAGCACCACCAGGCCAGGUGCUAAGUGGCUACGAAGCCGGCACCAAUCCCAAAAUAGGCGACCCGGCGCGGCAGCACGCCCGCCCGGCGCGGCACGAGGCCAAGUGGGCCCGCGCCGCCGCCGCCAGCGCGCGGCAGACGAGUAUUUUUGGGCCUGUUUGCUCUUGGCAAAGGCAAUGGUUUUCUGCGGGUUGAACGGUGGAUACGGUUUCGGUGAAGAGCACAGCAUGUGAGCGGUAGCACACGCCGCGUGCUCUCCCGGUUAAGUGCUGCGGUGGCGGUGGGUGGACGGCGAGGUGACGCAGGCGAGUCUGGCGCGGCGCGGCCGGGACGUCUGGCGAUUGGCGGCGCAGAGCUGUGCGAUGCCCGAUCAGUGGCGCCCCAGAGGCACUCAGUGACGGCCGGCGCGGCUGCUCUCCGCACGCGCUGAGCUGCCAGUGAACGCUCCCACGUGCAGUAUAUAGAGUUUAGCGGCAGCGUCCCACAGCCACCAUGCCGCCGUCGACCACGGGCCGCGGCAACUCGUCCAAGUGGAGCACCUGCGGCUACUACACCAAGAACAUUCUGGUGUUCCUGGUGUCGCACAUCGGACUCGUCUCGCUGGUGGUGGGCUACUGCGUGAUCGGCGCCUUCGCCUUCGAGGCGCUGGAGGCGACCAAUGAGCUGCAGGUGAAGCGGAACGUGUCGCAGAUCCGGCGCAACGUCACCUCGUCCAUCUGGUCGCUGACGCAGGAGCAGGACCUGCUGCACGAGUACAACUGGACGGCCAUGGUCGGCAGGCAGCUCAAGGAGUUCGAGAAGCAGCUCAUCGAGGCGAUGAAGACCAAGGGCUGGGACGGCAGCGAGGACGACGAGCACCAGCAGUGGACGUUCGCCGGCGCACUCUUCUACUCCAUCGUGGUCAUCACCACCAUAGGAUACGGCCACAUUGCGCCCAAAACGGACUGGGGCAAGGUGGUGACCAUGCUGUACGCCAUCCUGGGCAUCCCGCUCAUGUGCCUCUGUCUCUCCAACAUCAGCGAGGGCAUGGCGCACUCAUUCAAGGUCGUCUACUGGAAGUGCUGCUGCUACAUCUGCACCAAGAAGCCGAAGAAACGGCGCCGGCGCAGGGGAAGACGGGGAUAUUCCUCUUCACGGUCGAUCCGGAGGUCGGCCAAAAACGCCGACGGCGCGGUCAGCGAGAGUGCCUUCUCGGCUUCGUACGGCGACCCGUCCUCCGAGACGGGAGAGUACAGACUCCCCGACGACGUGGAGCCGGCAUCACCAGACGCCUACGGCCGCGCGGCCAUCCACAACCACCGGCUGCCGGCCGACGGCAAACGCUCGGCGCCCUCGGAGCGCUCCAAAUCGUCCGACGAGUUGCCGGCCACGCGCGCCGAGCCGGACCCGGCCGCGCUGCAGCGCACGCCCUUCUUCCAGAACCGGUACGCGCUGAGCGAGGCGGACGCGCUGCGGGACGAACCGAGCGUGGGCAGCGGCGGCUCUGUCAAACUGUCGCCGGCGCGCACCGACUCGGCGUACGGCCGCUCGCUGAGCAGCGGCGCGCGCUCGGUGCGCGGCGUGCCGGCCGGCCGGCCGGCGCCCGAGCGCGUCAGCAAGCUGCACCAGACGUUCGACGAGGAGGACGACUCGGACGGCUACGAGGACUCGGACGACGAGGACACCUCCGAGACCAAGUCGGUGCCCAUCUGGCUCUGCGUGCUGCUCGUCGUCUCCUACAUCGUCGGCGGCGCCUACCUGUUCAAGGAGCGGGAGCAGGAGGCCGGCUGGACCUUCCUCGACUCGGCCUACUUCUGCUUCAUCACGCUCACCACCAUCGGCUUCGGCGACUUCGUGCCCGACCAGAAGCGCAGCGGCCGCGAGGGAGAGGCCAUCGCCAUCACGUCUCUCUACCUGCUCUUCGGCAUCGCGCUGCUGAUGAUGAGCUUCAACCUGGUCCAGGAGGAGGUCAUCAGCUCCGUCAAGAGCGUUGCAAAGAAGCUCGGCAUCAUCAAGGACGACGAGGACGAGUACGAUGACUACUGAGCAGCACUGGAUGCCGAGGACGACCAGCGAGCUUCUCAGGGUGUCGAGGAUGUAUGUAAGGACAAAGGCGAUGCCUGUCAAGCAGUUUUCCCGACUGUAAUCGCCAGUCCCUGAGUACAGGAGCAUGAGACGCCGGCGGAUGCUCAUCGCGGAGUUCGACAGAAAGGCCAGGCGAAUGACAAAUUCAAUGAGUAGUGUACAAUAUAUUCGUGAUGUAACCCACGGGAUGUGGAUGAAGUAGGCCAUUAUGCCGUGACCUAACAUAUGGUGGGAUGCAUGUAGGGAUGCUGAAAAUGUAGCGAUCCGCAGCUAUCAGAAAGGUACGGCAUGGCUGCUCGAGUGUUGGUUCAUACGCUGGUGAGGAGCACCGCCACCCCUUUCUGGGAACUCACGGAUAGGACGGUCAAUGAACGGCCGUUUAUAACAUAUGUAGUAACGAAUUCAGCUUUUUGUACUGUGGCGUGUGCAAUGUGCAUCGUGCAUUUACCAAAGAUGAGCGCCGCGUAAAUUUACACGAAGGCAGAGAGCUGCAUGUGCCUUUGACAACGAAUAGGUAUCAUAUCGUGAGCGAAAUGAGAGGCGCGUCCACCCUUGUGUGCGCGACGCGAGCGUGUUUCCGUGUACGAGUAUUCGCAGGAGAACUUUGCAUGCGUGUGCAUGAAUGAUGGAUGCGUGAACGCCUGUGAGUAUAAAUGCUAUGUAAGUAAGUUACGCGAGUUCUUUGUAAAGCAUACAGACAUGCAUAUUGCGCACCGACGCUUGCGAUGAGCGCACUACGUAAUGUAUAAAUAGGUGAAAAUGCAUCCCUAAAUAAUCAUGUAUACCGUGCGGUGAACACUGAACAGAGUCUGCCCGUUCCCCCGUCGGCCGACCAGUGUCCGUCCCAGAGGCGGCUGGUGCCAGUUGGGUUCCAAUGCCGACUGUCUGUACAUAAAGCCCAAUACACCGACCACCCGACUGAGAAAUA